UUGCAAUGGGCCCGUCACAGGGCGAUGACGCAAAAUUUACGCGCGUGUAACCUUGUCUUCCUACUCAGUAGUGUUUCUAAAUCAGGCGUGGAUACGUUAGUUCGUUUUUGAUUGUUUUUUUUAUUCCGAAGUUAUGAGCAGAUAUAUUUUACCCGUGUCUGUCUUUGGAACAGUGUUUGGAUGCGCUGUUUUACUGAAGUGAGUAACUAAUCAUCAUCAUGAGGACACUGCGAUGUUUCUGGGUGCUUAAUUCACACUGGAAAUGUGUCAUUUGCUGCUCAAGUGCAUUCAAUUCAGUGACAGAGAGUCGUCAUACUGGGUAUUGUCACGUUAUUUAGUAGUUUUUGGAGUAACUGAAAGGGAAACACUUCACUCUUACACAACCCCACAAGGUACAGCCUUCUUGGCUAAAUGGUAUAGCUGAAUAGAGCCGAUUUUACAGAUUCAAAAGGUGUUAAUGAAAUUCUGUUCGCACAUUAAAGAGCGUGAAGGCAGGGUGAUUUUUGAUGCUCUGCCUUACUUAGUUAGAACAAAAACAAGAACAUUUUGGGUAGUGCUGUGCAAUACUUUUAACCUAUAAAGGAAGCUUAUUAUAAGCAAUUUAUUUAUCCAACACAAUUCAUCGGGCUAUAUACUGAACUUAGAGCGGGCAAUACAAUAUCAAGUCGAUACCGGAUCAGGUUUUUUUCUGGUAAUGUGAUGAAACACAAAUAAAACCGGCAGAAUGAACAUUUCAGACACUGUGUUAAUGCAGGCUCCCUUCUCAGACUGACACACUGUAAAGCCUCUCUGAUUUCAUUUCAUUAACCUAACCCAUGCAUGUGUUUGGACUGUGGGAGGAAGCCGGAGAGCUUGCAAACUCCCCAUUUGAACCCAGGACCUUCUCACUGUGAGGAACGUCCUGUUAAAUAAGUACAAAGCACUUUACAGGCAAUAAUCCUGUGUGGUGGCAUGUUCUCCCUGGGUACCCUGCCCUCCCACGACCCUGACUUGCCCAGUGGUUAAGAAAAUCGAUGGCUGGAUAGAAAAACAACAGUAAUGCUGAGUUAUAAAAGCAGCUAUGUAGAUUAGCUGCUGCAGGCCAAUUAAGCUGUGAACUGAGAUCUGAGGGUGGUUAUGUAAUGUUCACAGGUGUGACGACCUCUGGUUGUUUGCUCGAGUGAAAUAAAUCUUGCCGCUCUUCUCAUAUCUUACUUUCUGCAUGCCCUCGCCUCCUCUCUUUGUGUUUUAGGCUUACGAUGUUGAUUUAUUCGCCUGAACUGAAGAAAAACCCACUUUAGGUCAAGUCUUGUUGUUUUUAAACGUGGCGUAUCAAUAAAAUUGACUUGACUUAACCUCCCACCUGAGAUGCAAGCAGAGCAGGCGAGAAAGGAGUCAGGGCCUUUAACAAACUUAGAUGUUGCUUCAGAGCUGUCAUUCUAAAGCAGUCCCAGCAUAAUGUGAGAUGCACCUGAAUCAUCUGCUCACUGUUUUGCUGAUGCUGCCAGAUGAGUUGGCAGAAAGUUUUGACACUCAGUGAUCUGUGUGUCAUGCUCACGGCUUCUUUUUGCUCCUUCUCGAGAGACCGUAUGACUGGAGGCCGGUGUCCUAGUAAGGCUACCAUUAAUGAAAAGACUGUGGUUAUAACAGGAGCUAACACAGGCAUUGGAAAAGAGACUGCCCGAGAACUGGCAAGAAGAGGUGGUCGGAUUAUUAUGGGAUGUCGCGAUACGGAGAAGUGCGAAGCAGCUGCAAAGGAAAUUCGGGGGAAAACCCUGAAUCCUCACGUUUAUGCACGUCGCCUCGACCUGGCCUCCAUGAAGUCAAUCCGAGAGUUUGCAGAGAGGAUCAAACAAGAGGAGCCGCAUGUGGACAUACUGAUAAACAAUGCUGGGGUCAUGAGGUGUCCACAGUGGAAGACAGAGGACGGCUUUGACAUGCAGUUUGGAGUGAAUCACUUAGGCCACUUCUUACUGACGAAUCUUCUGCUGGAUAAGUUGAAAGAGUCCGCCCCCAGCAGAGUGAUCAACCUGGCCUCUCUCGCCCACAUUGUUGGAAAGCUUGACUUUGAGGACUUGAACUGGGAGAAAAAGAAGUUUGAUACCAAGCAGGCGUACUGUCAGAGCAAGCUUGCCAAUGUUCUGUUCACCAGAGAGCUCGCCAAGCGAUUACAAGGCACAGGAGUCACAGUGAAUGCGGUGCACCCGGGAGUUGUUGCCACGGAGCUCGGGAGGCACACUGGCCUUCACCAAUCACAGUUCUCGAGCUCUCUGCUCAGUCCCUUUUUCUCAUUGUUGGUGAAAAGCCCAGAGCACGGGGCCCAGCCCAGCGUCUACCUGGCCGUGUCUGAGGAGCUGGAGGGGGUGACGGGGCGGUACUAUGAUGUUAUGACCGAAAAGGAACCAGCGCCCCAGGCCCUGGACGAUGAGGCAGCUUGUAGGCUGUGGGAAGUCAGCAGCAGGCUGGUGGGUCUGGAGCACGAAGGACAGCCCAGCGUGUCAAACCCAUCAGCGGAAGGCCAGAACAAAGCUGCACAGACAAACCCAGCGCAGACACUCGGGCAGAAUGUAGGAGCAGCUGUCAGCACUGUAGGCCUAUAGGUCCUCUGAGCCAGCAGGAAAUAAUGGACCUUUAUCACUUGAGCUGUGCCAGACACAGGAACAAUUCUCUGUCUCAGACUUUGAGUCUGAGUGUCUCUAUAAUUGCAGUCUUUUGUAUGUUCAUUUAUGUUCCUGCCUCAGGAUGUUCUCUCUUUUAAAGAGAAUCUGUAACUUUGAAACACACUUAUGGAUUCAAAGUUACAUCCAGUUUGUAUUUCUGACUUUUCUCUGCUUGUUCUAGUGAUAAAAUGCAAGAAGUUUUAAAAUAAAGUGCUACCAUGUCAUUAUGAGCAAAAAAGUGAAAGAGGGUUUUCAACAUACUCCUAAAAGCCUACCAUAAAACAAACAUAAUGUUGUUUUGUUUUUUAUGUCAAAAUCACACCAACGUCCUGCUUUCUGUGGAGUUGAAACCUUGCACAUUAAAAUACACACCAGCAGAGGCUGUGUAUGGUAUGCUUUCUUUCACAAAGAGAGCACAAAAUCAAAUCUCCUUUGGUUGAAUCAUGUCUGUAAUCGGAGAAGAAAGCAUUGUUAUGCAGUCUUACUGGAGGACUGGAGCUUUGAAACUUUUUUUGUGAAUUCCGUCAUGAAAAGUUGAAAUAAAGCGCCACCUGCCUGCUUAAGAUUAAAAUACAUGUGCUGAAAACCACAUGAAACCCUAUUUAAGAGUUUGUGUUUUUUU